AUGUACAGAUUGCUCUCUCAAUCCAAAGCUCAGCACAUCCAUGGCGAUAAUGAUAGAAACCAUUCUUCUUCUUCUUAUCUCCCGCAGGCAGUAUUUUUAAAAGAAGCCAUAUUUGCUGCAGGUAGUUUCUGGGAGCUGGAAGCCGCUAUUUGCCGCGCUGACAGCGGUGCGGUGAGAACCGCGGUUGGCUACUUUGGAGGAACGAUAGCUAAGCCAAUUUAUAACCAGGUAUUGGAAGGGAAGACGGGGCAUACAGAGGCUGUGAAGAGAUUUGGAGCGAGCACACACCAUCGAUCAGCUAUAUUUUAUGCAACAGAAGAGGAGAAGAAGCAGGCGCAGGAGUCUAAGGUUGAGCAGCAGAUGAAGCUGAACAGGAGAAUUGUGACCAAAAUUACUCCUGCAAGUACAUCAACUUUCUACUUAGCAGAAAGCCAAAAUCAAAAGUAUUAUUUGCAGGAGAGCCAGCUUCGCUUAUGUGAAUGCCUCAGCCUCCGUAGUGCACAGCACUUUGCUGAUUCUUACCUUGCCUUGAAGUUAAAUGGAAUUGUAAGCAUGGAGAAGAAGAAAGCAGAAGAGAAGCUAUCAAGUUUUCUUUCGACAUAUAAGGUUCCUGAUCAAGCAAAGCUUGUUUUAGCAGAAAUUCUGUGUGAUUUGCAGCUUUCUAAUGCUUUGGAACAGUGGAUUUGA